AUAGUGAUUUGAAAAGAUCACAUAAUUCUGCACUAUCUCUAAGUACUGUCCGACAUGAAUUUGACAAAAAAUUCGCAAUGCAUGGUCGUAAACGUGUAAAACCUAGUACCGAGGCAGAACGUCAACGAAAAGAAAAAGAAGCUGUAAAAAUUAAAGAAUAUAGUGACCUAGUGGCUGCAUGCUUGAAUAAGAAAAACAGCAAGACAUUCGAUACCGAAGCAUUCAACUAUGCCACAAAAAUAUUAUCACAAAAUCCAGAUUUUUACACAAUCUGGAAUUUCCGGCGAAAUACUUUGUUGUAUGGCCUUUUAAAAGAUGCCGAAACGGACCAAAAACAAGAAGCAUUUUCCAAUGAACUAGUAUUCUUACAAGCACUUUUUCAAUUGAAUCCUAAAUCAUACUGGAUAUUUAAUCAUCGGAGAUGGUGUCUAGAGAAUAUGCCGUAUCCUGAUUGGCAAAGGGAACUGGAACUUGUUGGGAAGAUAUUGGAAUUGGACUCAAGAAAUUUUCAUGGAUGGGAUUAUCGCCGCUACGUCACCUCCAAACUUUCCAUGAAAAUUGCAGACGCUGACGACGAAAACAACAAUAAUUCUGCAGAGUCGCUCACGGAAUCCGAAUUCAAUUUUACCACUACGAAAAUCAAUCAAAAUUUUUCGAAUUAUUCUGCUUGGCAUCAACGUAGCAAAUUAUUGCCAAGUUUGUUUCAAGAAAAAAAUAUGACUGAAGAUGAGAAAAAGGCGCUCAUUGACAAAGAAUUUGACCUUGUCAAAUCGGCAAUUUAUACGGAUCCUGAUGAUCAGAGUGCCUGGCUAUAUCAUUUGUGGUUAGUCGGAAGAGAGAUUCGGCAUAUUUCUGUUCUCGGAGCAUAUUUUGAUCCAAAAGAGAGAGGAAUCGUGCUCAGUUUCGAUGAUGAAAUUGGAAUGAUUUCUCCGUUUUUAGUUAGUCAUGGAAGCGGCAAUAAUAAUGGUAAAGUUCAGGGAGAUUGGCGUCCAUCUGGUGGAAUUUUCAAACAUGAUCAAUUGAAUUCUGAUCGUUUAUAUGGAUUCGUAUGGAUUUUUACACCGACGGAGGAUAUAUCAAAUUCUUCAACAUUGACUGUUACAAUCGAUCCCUCUUCAAUUGUUCCAUCACAUUCUGAAUCACAUCUUAUGCAAACUGUUAAGAAACCUGUAAUUAAUAUUUUAAAUACUGAUAAUAUAGCUGCGUCAUCAGAAAAUUAUGCAUCAAUACAUUCAAAUAAUGUGGUAGCUGGAUCAUUAAUUGUUCCAGCACCCGAGAUUUUGUCAACUAUCACACAAGAACGAACCGAACUCUUGAAACGUGAAAUCAGUGUGAUAAAGGAAUUACUUGACUUGGAACCCGAUAGCAAAUGGUGUUUACAGACUCUAGUCAAUUUGCUAAACGAGCUCAAAUAUGCUUCAUUGCUGGAAUCUAACGAGGCUAAUCUAUUAAAUAAUGAAAUCGUGAGCUGUUGUGAUCGCUUAAUAAAGAUUGAUAGUUUCCGGAUUACAAGAUUUGAGGAUUUACACCUAUCACAUAACAAAUUAAAGUCAAUGUCUUUUCUCGCUAAUCUUAUUAAUCUUCGUGAAGUUAAUCUUGAAAGUAACUUGAUAUCACGAAUCGACGGAAUACGAGAACUGAGAUUUUUGAAAGAGGUGAAUUUGAAAAAUAAUUUAAUCUCAACUUUUGAGACAGUUCAUGAUGGGUUGUUAGUGGAUGAUAAAAUGGUUUCGUCAUCGCGUGGUGAUCAAGAAAAAUUGAAAAUUCAUUUGGCUGGAAAUCCAAUUAUUGCCGCCAAUAUUAGCAGCGAAUUUCAUUAG